AUGCUGCCAAUGAAUCUUUCUAAAGAAGUUGAAGAUAUUCAUUUAAGUUCCUCAUCCGAAUCAGAUACUGAUGAUGAUUACUCUCCAGCAAAUACAGCAAACAAGGUUGUUGCAGCAACUCCCAAGACAAUCACUGAGAAAGAAGAUAUAGUGACUAAAUAUGCAGAUAAGAUUAAAACUGAUCCGAUCAAGAAGGGGCCUAAAAUCACUAAAGAUAGAGCUAAUAGAGCCACAGUUGAACAGGUAUUGGAUCCACGUACCCUUAGCUUUUUGGCAAAAAUUAUCAAUAAAGGAAUCAUCUCUCGUAUCAAUGGGUGUAUUAGUACUGGUAAAGAAGCAAAUGUUUAUCAUGGUACAAGUGAUGAUCCAGAAAAUACAAAAGAAUAUGCUGUAAAGAUUUACAAAACUUCAAUUUUGGUUUUCAAGGAUCGUGAAAGAUACGUUGAUGGGGAGUUCCGAUUCAGAAAUACUAAAAACCAAAGCAACCCUAGAAAGAUGGUUAAGAUUUGGGCUGAGAAAGAGUUUCGUAACUUGAAGAGAAUAUAUCAAAAUGGUAUACCGUGUCCGGAACCAGUUGAGUUAAGGUCACACGUUUUGGUAAUGGAGUACUUGACCAAAGGUGAUGGUCAGCCGUCCCCCAAAUUGAAGGACCAUCCAUUCAAAGACGUUGAUGAUAUAGUUGCUUAUUAUCAUCAAAUGUUAUUCUACAUGAGAAGAUUGUAUCAGGAAUGUCGAUUGGUUCAUGCAGAUUUAAGUGAAUACAAUUCAAUUGUGCAUAAUGACAAACUAUACAUCAUUGAUGUGUCACAGUCAGUGGAACCAGACCAUCCAAUGGCACUUGACUUUUUGAGAAUGGAUAUCAAGAAUGUAAACGAUUUUUUCACAAGAAAAAAAAUUAAUGUGUAUCCUGAACGUUUAAUCUUCAAAUAUAUCACCAGUGAUUGCCAAACCUUGAACGUUGCAGAUAAUAGUGAUGCAGAAUUGGGAAAAUACCUAGAGCAGUUGCCGUUGAAGACUGAUGACGAGCAAGAAGUACAAGACGAAAUAUUCAGAUCAUUGCAUUUGGUCAGAUCAUUGAACCAUUUAGAUGAAAGAGAUUUUGAAAAAUUUUCUGAAGGAAAAGUAGAUACCAUGAAAGAGCUUGUGGCCUCUGGUCAAGAUGCAUCCAACGAAGUUGAGCCAACAAACAGUGAGUCAGAAGACAAUUCUGAAACAUAUGAGAGUGACGAAGAGGACGAUGAUGAUAAUAGUGAUAGUGAUGGUGAUAGUGAUGAGUAUGAUGUAGAUGCAGAAGCAAAGCCAAAGAAAGAAUGGGUUGAACGUGAACAGGGCCAACCAAAGGGUAAGAAGUAUGAAGAUAAAGAUGACAAAAAAGCAAGAAAGGAAGCCGCAAAAUUGGCCAAACAAGAAAAGAGAAAAACCAAAAUGAAGAAACACGUCAAGAAAAAGAUAAUCAAUAAACGUAAAACAGGUAAAUAG